CGAGUUCAGUUGUUACGGUCAAGCGCUAUCAAAACGCUUCAUUUGUUAUUUAUUUCAAUAGCCGAUCAGCUGAUAGCACUGGUGACUACUGCUGCACACAUGAACGGUGUAUGUUUGUUCAUAAGUGUGUAAACACUUUAGUAGUAGCCGGUGCCAAACAAUAGCAACAACAAUAAAACUGUUGUUUACAACAAAACCAAAGAAAAAAGCGCCAACAGUAUUGCGAUAAUAACAGUGAUAAACAAUACCUCCUACUCCGCGGUCGCGCCAUAAACGACAGCUCACAUAGUGAAACGAAACGAAGAAAAAAAAACAAACAAUUAAACACGAAAUCCCAAACAAAAAAAAUCUCCCCCAAUAGAACUUUAAUCUCAUUCUAAAAUAGCAGAAGAAGCAUGAGAAAAUAGUUAAACCUCAUGAGUAGAAAUUAAUCCACAAAAUAUAAACGUCCAGAUCGAAUAGUCCGUGUCGAUGUCAAGCAAUUUGACUUUAGUACUCGUUUAGGUUUAGUGCUAAACAAACCGUUUUGUCAGAGCUCCGAGUGUUCUGUUCGCAAAGUGACGGUCUUGAAAACACCCUGAGGGAGAGUGUGAGUGAGAGUGUAAGUGUAAGUGGCAUUCGUAAAGAGAGAAAGUGAAAUUUAUGCCACACAAGCUAUUGCUGUUAUUGUACAAGUAGCUGACAAACGGUAGCCGCUAAAUAUUUUGCCAGCAAAGGAAACCCAACGGAUAGACAAACACGCGACAAUGCCUAUUAAAACGAUGACACCCAGCAAACAGCAAAUAGAUGAGCUGCGAAAUAUGUUCAUUCAGAAAUAUGAAAAUAAUCCACCUGCAGUUGACUUCCAUCCUGUGGACAUCGAUCGAGUUCGCAACGAUGAUCUAUGGUGUACACGUUUCUUGGAAAUGUACGAUUUGGACAUGCAAAUGUCCUUUGACAAACUUUGGAACACCUGCAUUUGGCGUCAAUCAUUUAGGGCCAAUGAUUUGAAUGAGUCAAAUGUACGCAAAGAUUAUCUUCAAGAUGGAGUGAUAUUUCCACACAACACCGAUGUUGAUGGCAAACCUUUGCUUAUAUUCAAAACAAAGAAACACAUUAAAGGCUCCAAGGAUAUGAAUGAAAUUCUCAAGGUCCUUGUCUAUUGGAUCGAGCGUAUACAUCGUGAAACAUAUAUGGAAAAAAUCACGAUUUUCUUUGACAUGGAUGGCUGUGGUUUGUCCAACAUGGAUUUGGAGUUCAUUAAAAUGAUCAUAGACACCUUCAAGCAGUAUUAUCCAAAUGCCCUUAACUACAUACUGGUAUUUGAAAUGGCCUGGGUACUGAAUGCCGCUUUUAAGAUUGUCAAAGCCCUUUUGCCCGAAAAGGCAGUGGAAAUUCUUAAGAUAAUAACAAAAAAAACUAUCGACACUUAUGUGGAUAAGGAUAAUUGUCUAGCCAGUUGGGGAGGAAAUGAUAAUUAUGAGUUCACCUUCACACCGGAAGUGAAAAAGCUUAAAGUGAAUGGAUCAGUGCCAACAGAGGACCCCAACAAUAAUGUCCAAGAUAAAAAGGUCCAUUUUGCCAAUAGCAGUCCCACAAGAGUGCCUGCGGUGGCACCAAUACAUAUGCACGAGCCAGAUCAUUCUCCUCAAGAGCAAGCUAUGUUGGAAAUAUCGCCAAGCGAUGAACUUAAGUUCAGUCGCGAUGACUCUAAUGAUGGUGAAAUAAAAUUAACAUGCAAAUCGUCAACACCCGUAGCCUAUAAGAUACAAACAACAUCGCCAGACAAAUUUCGCGUCAAACCGAGAUGUGGUAUUCUCAACCCCGGCGAAACAGUUGUUGUCAACAUAUUGCUUAAACCAGAGCAUAAAUUAUCGGGAAAUGGCAAAGACAAAUUCCUAAUUAUGUGUGUGCCCGCAUUGGAUGUCCAGCCGCAGCAUGUAGUUGAGUAUUGGAGAAAAGUUGGCCAAGAUUCUCCCGAUAUGGAAAAUUAUCGUUUCUUAUGCUCUUACACCGAUGACGAUAAGAGCACACCAAAGGUUAUUGCCAAUGGAGUCGGCAGCAGUCCUGUCGAUAAUGCAAGAGACUAUGUAAGUGUGUCUGCAACGGAAACACGAAAGUUGGAAAAACAAUUGAAAUUCACACAAACCCUUCAAUGGAUUACGCUGGUCGUUCUCUUUAUACUUUCCAUAGCCGUUAUAUACUUGCUCAAAUUGCAAAUUGUCAACGACGAGGGAUGCCUAAGCAAAGAUGGCUUAGCUGAUGCUGUAGAUUUCGCUACAUGUGCCAAGGGCAAGGCGGAUCUAUAAUAUU